UGGAUUUGGGCUAGGGCCAAAGGGCAUUUGAUCGUUAAUAUAGGCAUAAUUGAGGGUAAUUUACCCUGGUCACUUUCCUUUGUGUCCUGAGCUGUCCCUGUCCUGUCCUUCACUCUGUGUUCUCUCUCGCUCUUCUCACAAACGCAACACAAAAUCAUACGCUCCUUUUAUUUCUCUGUUAGAACCCUCUUCUUCUUCCUCCCUCUUUUAAUUUAUUUAUCUCACUCUUCACACUCUUAUACUUAGGGUUAGGGUUUCAUUUAUAAUUUUAAUCUUUCUAUUUGUUUUUCUGUUUUUUUUUUUAAUGCUUCACAACCCCCUUAUUUUAGCUCAAAAACUGCAAUGUACGGUCACUCUCAGCCAAUGAACAUCCCCACUCAAAUGUCCGCCGGCGCAGACGACGAAGACGUCUCCGUUGGCGCUGAUAAUCACCAUCUCUCCUACGACACUCAUUCCCUCGGAAACGGCGUCGUUGUAGAAGACGCUGCUCCUGAUUCUGUUUACGGUCCAUCCUCUGGCUCCGAAUUGGGUAAUUCGAGCCAGCUCACCCUCUCCUUUCGCGGCCAGGUCUAUGUCUUCGACUCCGUUACUCCCGAUAAGGUUCAAGCUGUGCUGCUUUUGCUGGGAGGAUGCGAGUUAUCAUCAGGCCCACCAGGAAUGGAGGUGAUUCCUCAAAAUCAGAGGGGUGUUGCUGACUUUCCAGGAAGGUGUAACCAACCACAGAGAGCUGCUUCAUUAAAUAGGUUCCGGCAGAAGAGGAAAGAACGCUGUUUUGACAAGAAAGUCAGAUAUAGUGUCCGCCAAGAAGUUGCUCUUAGGAUGCAGAGGAAUAAGGGUCAAUUUACUUCAGCCAAGAAGUCUGAAGGGGGAGCCUUUAAUUGGGGCAAUUCCCAGGAAUCAGGGCAGGAUGACAGUCCAUCAGAAACCUCUUGUUCACAUUGUGGUAUAAGUUCAAAGUCUACUCCCAUGAUGCGACGUGGUCCAUCUGGUCCAAGGUCUCUCUGCAAUGCAUGUGGACUUUUUUGGGCAAACAGGGGUACUCUGAGGGAUCUUUCCAAGAAAACCCAGGACCAUUCUCUUAUUCCAAUUGAGCAGGGUGAAGGAGAAGCAAAUGACUCAGGCUGUGGAGCUGCCAUCCAUACAGACAAUGAACUUGUUUCUUUCUCAAAUGAUGAGGACACUGCUUUACUAACUGAGCCUUGAGUCUUCUUACAAAAAAUGGUUACAGUGGUCGGGCGUUGGCUAUAUCAUUGAAGUUUUUCUAGUGAUUUCAUUUAGCUUGUUCUAUAUGUACAGAUAUCAUAGCCCCUUCAAUAUAUGAGGUAGUCUCUUAUCUGCUGCUACUUUGCAUGAGGUCACCUGAAAAGCAACUUAUUUCAGAUGUUUCACAUCAAAAAAGUAAGCUUCAAUUAGAUGGUAAUCUUUGUAAAAGGUAGGGCCCUUAAGUUUAAGCCCUGUUGUUCUUCCUUUCAUUUCCCUCAAGUAAAGACGUUCUAGUAAAUCAAAUUUUGUUAACGGAAACAGAUGCAAAGUAUAUAAAGAUAUGCAGGUCCCAGAUGGCAGAUAUUCCUUCUGACCCCCUGCAUGUAAGUCUAGUUUUGAGCUGUUUUA